GCGGCAGGCCUGGCUUGGGAUUCCCUCAGGGGUAAAGUGUCGCACGUCCUUGGGCAGAAAGGGGAGGUGACUGGAGCGGCAGAGGACGCAAAAUGAGAGCCUUGCGGGUCUCCCAGGCUUUGAUUCGUCCUUUUAGCUCGUCUGCCCGGAGCCACUUAGAAAAUCGUGUGGCAGAGAAGCAGAAACUCUUCCAGGCCAACAACGACCUCCCAGUACACCUGAAGGGCGGGGGAAUGGACAGCGCCCUGUACAGACUGACCAUGGCCCUGACGCUGGGGGGCACUGCCUACAGCUUAUACUGCCUGGGCUGGGCCUCCUUCCCCCACAAGAAGUGACACCAAGAAUCUUGGAGGACUUGGACAAACAUCAAUAAACCUGCGGACCUCUUGAGAACUCCA